UCAUGUCAUUGCUACGUCACGGGUGCGAUGCAGACGUAGAUAAAAUUAAAUACUAAAAAAUAGCUGUAUCAAUUUUCCUUCAGAUAAAUCGCAGUGACGGAGUCGCUUCUCUGCGGCUGUUGCGUUAUUCUCAGUCAUCUAUAAUGUAAUCGAAAUGACGAAUAGCAAAGAGCGUAUAGGGCGGUGAGCGACAUGUCUAUUGAGUACGUGCCGGUGAGUGAGGGCGAGCAAGAUGAGCCCAUCGAGCUGCCGACAGAAGAGGACGGUUCGCUAUUGCUGAGCACGGUGGCGGCGCAGUUCUCGGGCGCCAGCGGCCUCAAGUACCGCGCGGGCGGUCGACUGCGCGGCGUGCGGUUGGUUGACGAGCGCCUGUCUCCACCGGCCGAGGGCUGGGCCGCUCACCGCUACUGGUGCGCCUUUCCGCGGUCCUCACCCGCGCCUGAACCUCGGCCGCGCUGCUCGGACCUCAUUGUACUCGGCUUACCCUGGAAGACAGCCGAGGAUGCCGUUCGUGACUAUUUCUCUACGUUCGGAGAAUUACUCAUGGUGCAGGUGAAACGAGACGCCAAGACCGGGCUGUCCAAAGGUUUCGGGUUCAUCAAGUUCGCGGAAUACGAGGCGCAAACGCGCGCGUUAGGCCGGCGCCACAUGAUAGACGGACGGUGGUGCGACGUGCGCAUCCCUAACGGCAAAGACGGCGGGGCGGCGGCGCACCGCAAGGUGUUUGUGGGCCGCUGCACCGAGAGCCUGACAGCAGACGAUCUGCGCGAGUAUUUUGGUGCGUUUGGACAGGUAACUGACGUAUUCGUUCCACGGCCAUUCCGCGCGUUUAGCUUCGUGACUUUCCUAGAUGCUGAGGUGGCACAGUCGCUGUGCGGACAGGACCACAUCAUCAAGGGCGUGUCAGUGAACAUCUCGACAGCGUCACCGAAGCGCGAGCGCGGUCGCGGCUCGUUGCUGGGCUGGGGGUUGCUGGAAGGUGCGCCUCGCGUGCUGUGGCCGCCUGCGGACUGGCCGCCGCCUGCGCAGCCGCCACCGCCGCCCCUCGAUACCAAGCUCUACCUCAAGUACGAGUGAACUCGCUCAUACCUGUCUUGUUGAUCACUAUCAAAUUUUAUAAGAAGCUAAAUGUGUAAAUAAUAUAAUAUAGUAUGAAGUUAUCUAACCGCAUUUUGGUUCCAAAGCCUCAUUGUGCCUAUGAAGUGUUAUUAUGAUUAAAGACAUUUAGUGUAGUGCUGCCCAUUUUAGUAAUAAUGCCCACUCACUGUUUUAGUUCCCUGGUGAGUAAAGCAAUGAGAUAAUUCUAGUUCAUCCACUUUGACCCGGUAGACACAUUGACUAAACAGUGUCAUUUGUACCAGUGGUACAGUGGUCCAGUCCAUGUCUUGUCUAAGUCUCUCUCAGUCAUGUCUAAAGUCAACUUAUACAUUAAGAGUAAUCAACACUGAUAUUAGUUAAUAUCUAAGGGUUAUAUUGUGAGGUGGGCUAUUCAUAGAAACAAAUGACACAGCAAUCAGCUAGUCAUUAAUCAGAUUUAUAAAGAAAAUUUAAAAAUGCAAGAAAAUUCUGAAUUAUAUAUAAUAUAUUUUUAUUAACAAAUAAAUUAUAUCUACAUACUACUUUUUUACCUUAUUUUAAACAACAACAACUAAAUAAGCUACAAAAUCCUUCACUCAGACAAUUGAAACUAGUAAAAAGUUAAAAAUAUUACAAUGGAACCAUACAUAAUUAUCUUAACAGGCUGAAGAGGACUAACUGCUGCUUUUAAAGCAUUAUUUUUAUUUCAUAACUCACUUUGUGUGACAUUGCAGAUAGACAAGUAAUAUUAUUUCUAUUUAGAUGUCAGCCCCUACUUUCCAACUUACAUUAUGGAAUUAAAAGUAUGUACUUCCCUUUCCAAUAUUUGAACUUGGAGAAACCAAGGGCGCUCUAAAAAAAGGCCUAGUUUGUGAUGUAUAUAUGUUUUUGAUUUUAUUUUGAAACUAUUUAGAUAUUUCCAUCAGAAAGUAGGUAUACAUAUUAAAUUGAAAAGAAAAUAAAAAGUAUAUUUUUGAA